CCGACGUCUGCGACUGCUUGCCAUCUCCCGCUUCUGCUACGGACGACGGAGGCUCUUCUGCCAUCUCCCUGCGUGAAACAACCUUCUCCUCCACUCCUUCUUGCACAAACCAAAGGGUUUCCAGUGAUUUCAACUUCCAUCUUAUGGAUACUGCCUCUUACAUAUACUUCUGAAUGUCUCUAAGGCUCUUAAGCAUGAACAAUAGCCUUAUUUUGUUUGUUUAAAAUGUCUUCAUGCUCAAAUGCACAGUCAGCUAAAGUUGGCUUUGCCAUGAAUUCAAAUGCACCCUCUUCUACUGACAGCCAUGAAAGGACUUUGAAACCUGAAAAGGAUAAAGAAGAAGAUGAGGAAGAAGAAGAUGAAGAUGCAGAUUUUAAUCCUUUUCUUAAAGAAACUCCUUCACAAGAAGCAUCUUCAAGUUUGAGCUCUGAAGUUGAUGGUUUGGAUGGUAAUGUUGUCAAUAGUGGUCUAUCUGUGGGUACGAAGUUACCAAAGCUAACCACUAAGGAGAAAAUCUGUACUGUUUUAGAUUGUCAGCAUGGUGAGGAGGAAAUUAUUUUACAAUCAUCAGGAAUGAUCUCUCAACUAGAGACUAAUCAGGAGAGGCACACUAACUUAACUAGUGCGACUGAUGCUAAUGGUUUUAGGACAGGAGAAUUAAGCAACACAAAAAAAUCCCGGAGUCCUAUAAUAGACAUAGAUAGCGAGGAUGCUAUCUGUAUGCGCACCAGAGCUCGUUAUUCACUUGCAAGUUUUACUCUUGAUGAGCUGGAGACUUUUCUUCAAGGGACUGAUGAUGAUGAUGACCUUCAAAAUGCUGAUGAUGAAGAAGAGUAUAGAAAAUUUCUAGCUGCUGUAUUGCAGGGUGGAGAUGGUGGUGAUCAUUCAACUCAUGAAAAUGAAAAUCUUGAUGACGAAGAUGAGGAUAAUGAUGCAGACUUUGAGAUAGAGCUUGAAGAGUUACUGGAGAGUGAUGCCGAUGAGAAUGCAGCUGUACAAACCCCAAAAGUGAAUGAUGGAGCUGGACGACGACCAGAGACUAGGCAAAAUAAGCGCCAGAAGGUCCCUUCACAGUGUGAGAAGAAAACAUUAGGACAGGUCAAGAGGCCACUGCGGCCCAUUUUGCCUAGUUGGCUUAAUGGAUCCCUUGCUUCGGGGAAAGGUUUGAUGCCUGAAACUGCUCUGAACUUUCAAUCUUCUGCUUCAGGAAAUGGUCUUGUCAAUGGGUUUACUCCCCAGCAGAUUGGCCAAUUGCACUGUUUGAUAUAUGAGCAUGUGCAACUUCUUAUUCAGGUAUUUUCUCUGUCGGUUCUUGAGCCUUCACAAAAACAGAUUGCUUCUCAGGUUCAAGGUUUACUUUUUGAGAUGCUUCACAAACGUGAUGAAGUAUUAGUUUCGAAAAGAGCGCCAUAUCCUAGUAUUUGCUUCUCCCCGUCUUUUGCUUGCUCAUCUGUGUCCUAUGGAAUCUCCAAAUUUGUCCCAGGCCAGUGCAACAUAGAAUCUGCUUGUACACAAGAUGCACAGAGUAUGUGCUUUUCUCAAUCCAAUCAGAGUUUUUCUGAACGUUUGAAUGGGCAAAGAAGUUGUUUUCAAGAUACUGAAUGUUCUUUCUGGGUCCCUUUUGUAAGAGGUCCUAUACUAUCUAUUUUGGAUGUUUCUCCACUUAAUUUAGUAAGAACAUAUGUUGACGACAUUUACUCUGCUUCCCAAGAGUUUCGAAAGCGAUACAUUGAAUCUGGUUGUGACUCACGUGUUGAAAAGGAACCUCUUUUUCCUUUUCCUUCAUCAUUUACUGAAGCUAACACUCAAGUUUCGAGUGGAACCAUCUCUGGAGCAGUCAAUUCAGUCCCAACUUCAUCUUUUCAACAACAACCUAAGAAAACAUUGGCUGCCAUGCUUGUUGAAAGUACCAAGAAGCAGUCAAUUGCUUCGGUACCAAAGGAAGUUGCAAAGUUAACUCAAAGAUUUUUGGCCCUGUUUAACCCAGCAUUAUUCCCACACAAGCCACCCCCAGCAGCAGUUGUAAAUAGGGUACUUUUCACUGAUUCGGAGGACGAAUUACUAGCCUUGGGGAUGAUGGAAUAUAAUACAGAUUGGAAAGCAAUUCAACAACGUUUUCUUCCCUGCAAGUCUAAGCAUCAGAUUUUUGUCAGGCAGAAAAAUCGUUCUUCUUCGAAAGCUUCAGAAAAUCCAAUAAAGGCAGUUCGAAGAAUGAAAACCUCGCCUUUGAGUGCAGAGGAGAUAGCAUGCAUUCAAGAGGGACUUAAGAUUUAUAAAUUUGAUUGGAUGUCAGUAUGGCAAUAUCUUGUUCCACACAGAGAUCCAUCCUUGCUUCCACGCCAGUGGCGUAUUGCCCUUGGGACUCAAAAGUCAUAUAAGGUAGACGCAUCAAAAAAGGAAAAGCGAAGAUUGUACGAGUCAAAAAGACGAAAGUUGAAAGCUGCUUCAGUAGAAAGUUGGCAAGCUAUAUCUGAUAAAGAGGAUUUUGAGGCGGAAAUUGCUGUUUCAGAGAAUUGCAUGGGUUGUUCAGAUGUUCCAUACGUCCACCAGGCAUUUCUGGCAGAUUGGAGGCCAGACACAUCUACUCUUACUCAUUCUGAAUGCAUUUCCUUAACAUCUGGACAAGGAAACCUUGCUCAUGAUGCAAUUUCACAAGAGGAUAUUCAAUUUUAUAGAGGCAUUCACAAUUAUGGUUUAAGUGGAAAAGUUCAACUUCAGAAUGGUAAUCGGCCUUCAUUUCCAUCUGUAUCUAAGCUUCCCCAGCUUUUUCAUACUACAUCUGAUUUAAGGAGUGGCAUAAAAGGUACUCCUAAUGCCACUAAACCAAGAAACCCGUACUACUGUCGGCCCUAUCGGUCUCGGAGGGCAAAUAAUGCCCACUUGGUGAAAUUAGCACCAGACUUGCCCCCUGUAAAUCUUCCUCCAUCUGUUCGUGUAGUUUCUCAGACUGCUUUUAAAGGAUUCCCGUGUGGAACAUCUAAGAUUUUCCCUCCUGGAGGUGGUGUCACUGAUUGUAGAAAAGAUAAUUCUGAGUCUCAAAUUCCUUAUGGUGAGAAAAUUAAAUUCAUUCAUCCAGUUAAAGGUGCAAGACCUGUGCUGCAAGACAGUGUGACUGGUUCCCUAUUAGAAAGAUCUGAAACUGUUGAAGGCAGAUCUACUGUGGCAGAUAAAGGUACUUGUACUGAUCUCCAGAUGCAUCCUCUCUUGUUCCAGGUCACUGAAGCAGGCAGUGUGCCUUAUUAUCCAUUGAAAUUUAGUUCUGGCACUUCUAGUUCCUUCAGCUUCUUCUCAGGAAGCCAACCACAAUUAAAUCUGAGCCUCUUCCAUAGUUCACAGCAACAAAGCCACAUUGAUUGUCCUAAUAAGUCCUUGAAGCCAAAGGAUCCUACUUUAAGGUCAGGAGGCAUUGAUUUUCAUCCACUUUUGCAGAAAUCUAAUGAUACACAAUCACAAACAAGUUUUGAUGCUAUUCAGGCUGACUCACUGGUUAAUAGUGGUGUGCCAGCUAUAGCCAAUAGAUCUUCUGGCCUUAAUGACAAGUCCAAUGAACUUGACUUAGAGAUUCACCUAAGUUCUGUAUCUGGCAGGGAGAAAUCUGUGAAAAGUAGACAGUUGAAGGCACAUGAUCCAAUAGGGUCUAAGAAAACUGUAGCAAUUUGUGGAACAGCAAUGAAACCUCAAGAGAAUAGUGUUUCAUAUCGUCAUCAGGGUUAUAAAAAUCCUUCUGCUAGCAGUUGCGAGAUUGCUUCAAGUGCCCCUUUGGUUGUUCCUAAUGAUGACAUCACCAGAUAUGAUGUAGAUGAUAUUUGUGAUCAGUCCCAUCCCGAGAUAGUAAUGGAGCAAGAAGAGUUAAGUGAUUCUGAGGAAGAUGUUGAAGAACAUGUAGAAUUUGAGUGUGAGGAGAUGGCUGAUUCUGAAGGAGAGGAUGGCUCUGGUUGUGAACAAGCUCCUGAGGUUCAAAAUAAGGAGGUCCCAUUGUCUUCAGAUGAAAAUGUUGCAAAUUAUACGACUUGUAUGGAAAAACCAUGUGAACCAAGGGCCAAUUCUGAUGCUCAAGUUGAUGAUAGUCUCCUUACAAAUAAUACUACACCAAAUAUGGCUUAUAUUAGUGAGGGAAAGGAUGACAAAAGUAGUUCUCCAUGGUUAAGUUUAGACUCAUGCACAGCCGAUAAUCCUGUACUCUCAAAGACCAUGCUUCAACCGGGUACAUCUGGUGAAGCUCCUGCUUCCAGGAACUUAACAAUUGGUAAAGCAGUCGCAGAGGAGAGACCUACCAUAGACAUGGUACAGCCAAGCCAAGGUCCGCAUGCGUUUAGCACACCACGAAAACCCAGGAAGCGUUUUGGCAAAUCAAAUGCAAAUUUGAAUAUAGGAUUGACUGUUGAAAGAUCAAGCCAUGACGGUAAUCAUGGAGAUGGUUGAUUGAAGUGUUCUGGCAAGUGGAAUGCUAAUAGUAUUGACUGUUAAAAGUUAAAGCCAUGAUGGUAAUGAUAAAGAUGGUUCAUUGAUGCACAGUCUUUACUAAACUGACUUUUUGUUGUUCAUGAUGGUACCUUUGGCAUCUAAUAUUGUUGCAAUCGCUGGAUGGCAGGUAAUCAGAGCUUAGUUGCAACAGGAUAAGGAAAAUUGGCAGUCCUUUUUCCUCCCUCCCUUUGUCCUUUAAUGGGACUCCUUUUUUGUAGGUACUCCGCCAAGAGCUGGGAUUUUAUAUUAAAAUUAGUGGCAAGGGUUCAAAUUGAUAUUUAAUCUUUGUAAAUAUGUUGCUAGAGGUCAGGGGCAAAAUUGAUGUACGCUCAUGUUCACUGAAUAUAAUGUACAAAAAAAAGUUCUACUGCGGCCGUCCAUUGCCUCCUAGUGGUGGAU